GACCGUUACUCACCAACACUAUUCCACACUAUCUGCCCGUUGAUUUCUCAGUUCACAGUCACUAUGGCGAAUCUCAGACAUUCACAUUCUCAUUCCCGUUUCUCAAGUUUGUGUUUAUUAUUCAUUGUAUUGAAUUUCUUAUCAUUUCGCAAUUCAUUUGUUGCAGCAUGCUCGAACGCCACAGCAGAGCACCAACGCCACGGCCACCACCACAAGUGGGUGGGACCUGUCGGCCGCCGUGUCAUCACCAUCGACGUCAAUGGAGGCGGUCAGUUUCGCUCCGUCCAAGACGCAGUCGAUUCCGUUCCCAAGAACAAUAACAUGACCAUCAUCCUCAAGAUCAGUCCCGGAUAUUACAAAGAGAAGGUGGUGGUUCCGGCGACGAAACCGUACAUAACAUUUGAGGGGGCGGGGAGGGAGGUGACGGUGAUAGAGUGGCACGACCGUGCGUCAGACCGAGGCCCGGACGGCCAACAGCUCCGUACGUACCACACGGCCUCCGUCACAGUAUUCGCCAAUUAUUUCUCCGCCAGGAAUAUCAGCUUCAAGAAUACAGCGCCGGCGCCGAUGCCAGGGAUGGAAGGGUGGCAGGCGGUGGCAUUCAGGAUAGCAGGGGACAAGGCUUACUUCUCCGACUGCGGAUUCUACGGAGCACAGGACACACUCUGUGACGACGCCGGCCGCCAUUACUUCAAGCGCUGUUACAUCCAAGGCUCUAUCGACUUCAUCUUCGGCAACGGCCGCUCCAUGUACAAAGAGUGCGAGAUACACUCGAUAGCAAGGAGAUUCGGGUCGAUAGCGGCGCAGGACAGGAGGUCGAAGGAUGAGAGAACGGGUUUCACAUUUGUGGGAUGUCGUGUGACGGGAAAGGGGCCUUUGUACGUGGGACGUGCCAUGGGUCAGUACUCUCGCAUCGUCUACGCUUACACUUUCUUCGACGUUCUUGUCGCUCCCGGCGGCUGGGACGCUUUGGACCGUACCGGCAACAAGACCAAGACGGUGUAUUUCGGGGUAUACAAGUGCUGGGGUCGAGGAGCAGCAGCGACGAGAGGAGUGUCAUGGGCGAGAGAGUUGGACUACGACUCCGCCCAUCCUUUCCUUGCCAAGAGCUUUGUCAACGGCCGCCAUUGGAUCUCCCCUCAGGACGCUUAGCCUCCCCCUUUUUUACUUCCCAUUCCAUUCCAUUCCAUUUAUUCUUUCCCUUUUUUUAUUAUAGAAAAUUUGUAAUCGAAUUCCAUUUUUUGUUGACCGGCCAGAGCCCUAUGAAACGAGCAUCCAACGGAAUUGUCCCGACCA